UAUCAAUUCAUUUGGUGAGUAAAAAACGGAAAGGUAAAAAGAAAAGCAUUAUUUUCUUCUUCAGCCCAUGCCUAUGUCUAUUGCCAGCUACUCGUUGCCGGUAAAGCUAGGUAAAUAUAGAUACAUGAAUCUGUAGUUACAAAUUUAUGAUUAGUUUGAAAUAAUGGGAGGAACCAUAGUUGCAAAUAUAAAUACAACACCACCACCAAUUGAUGAUGAUCGGAUAUCAGAGCUUCCUGAUGUUAUUGCUCACCACAUACUCUCAUUUUUAGUCGAUUCGCCUAAAGAGCUAAUUCGAACCAGCGUACUCUCUAAAAAAUGGCUAGCUCUUACCGCUUCUUUCCCCAUUUUGGAUUUUACCUUUAAAUCAUUUAAUAGAGCGAUUGGUCCAUCAGGGGGCCCUAAUGCCCCUAAAUAUGUCAAGGACAAGUUUUUCAAUUAUGUUGGAUACACAACUAGUCGAUUUUCCCAACAGCAAAAUGUCGUUAGUGCCAACACGUUCAAACUGUUUGCUGUGCUUAGGGAUCCUGCACAUGCAAGUAUCAUUGAUAGAUGUCUUGGAUUAAUUCUUAAACAAGGCUUGCAGGUUUUUGUUGUUUUUAAUCUAGGCAUGCCCAUCUUUUUUGAUGAUCAUCAGCCGCCACCCAUGUAUCGUUUGCCUGGUGAAUUAUUAUCCGUAUCUUCGUUAACGUCUUUGAGUAUACACAAUUGUGAGUUGCCUUCUUCCUUGAUAGUUGAUGAUGAUGUUGUUAAGUUCAAGUUGCUGAAGCUGCUGGAUCUUGAGGGUGUCUAUUUAAAUGAGGAAAUGAUCCGGUGUCUGACCGCUGGUUGCCCUCUUCUUGAGAAAUUCAAUGUUAUCUGCUGCUAUGGUUUCAAAAGACUUCGUGUUUAUGGGCUUCAGAGUCUUCAAAAUGUUAGGGUUUACUAUAUGAGUCCAGUUGAAGAAAUAGAUAUUCAAGCUCCAAAUCUAGUUCAUAUUGAGUUAUUAGAUAUGAGCGCAAGAGAGAAACCACCACGUGUUAACUUGUUCUCAUGUCAAAAACUCACAAUGAUUUUCAGCAGAUGUUUUUCUAAGCUGUUUGCUGUAUCCUUAUCGAACUUCCCUUUCCUUGAAACUUUGAUACUGAAGCUUCCUUCUAACUACAGAAAUUUUGAAUUGUCAAGUCAUUCCUUGAGGAAGUUAAGCCUAGAAACAGAAAGUGAUCUUGAUGAAAUUCAGAUCGAUACCCCCAAUUUGCUUUUUUUUCUGUAUUAUGCUAGCGAGUCUUAUGUGCAUGGUCCGAUGGGGGAUUCCGGAGAGUCGAAAACAUGUAUGGAUUGUUUCCGCGAUUUUGAUGUUGAAACUAGUUGGCUCCAGAAGUUUAGGCGAUUUUUGGGCAGGACAGUUCCAUUCAAAGUGUUGAGGUUGCAUUUUUUUGCGAAUUUUGUAGAUGUUGAAGAACUAAAGUUGCUUGGGUUGCCGUCUUUUGAACUUGAGCACAUUGAGCUGGAUUUGAACGUGAACGGCGUUAGUGAAUUAUCAGAAUAUCUAUCUGUCGUGGAUGCUGUUCUUUGGUGUUGCCGUCCUCGAUCUUUAACUUUAAAAUCAGAUUUUUGUGAUUAUCUGGAAAGGCAGGACCACAUUGUUAAGUUUACAUAUGAGAGGCUGCUUGAACAAGAAGAUCAAGGCCAAACUAAUAUUCAGAUUGUGUUUUCUACCGAUAAAGCAUUCGGAUCUAAUUGCUCGUUAAUAACCUUCUUAAAGGAAGAAGUUAAUCAAGAAGCAGGAUGAUGAAAUAGUCGAAAGGUUCUUACAUAUGGAAAUUUUAUGGUGUAUUGCAUAAAGGACUUUACCGGUUAGGACAGGAGUAGAAAUGGGGAAAGUACAUGUAAAGAUCACAUUAGCUUGUUUGGAGUAAUCUAUUCCCAAAAUCAAGAUGCAAAAAGUACCUUUUGAUGAUUCAUACAUUAGCGUUGAUGGUUUUGUAUUUGGAUUAUUGUGUUUAUUUUACUUAUAUUAAUUUGUAUUUGUGUUUUGUCACCUGCAUGGUCCAAUGUAACGAGCAUCACCAAUCAUAUGCAUGGUCCAAUGGUUUUGUAUUUGGAUUUUUAAAUUUGUUUC